CAAGCUGUGGGAUUUUGGGAAAGCUAGGAGACAAACGAUCUUCUUCACCAGGGGGAGAAAUGGCAGCGCUAAUCUCACGAUGGGAUCGGCAACAGCAGCGGCUCCGCGUUCAAAGAGGCGCCAAUGUUCCACGAAAACUUGGUCUCUUUUCGUCGAGGAAGAAACUCUUUAGGUUCCUAUUGAUUUCCCUCGCCAUUUUUGCAAUUGUUCCCCCUCUCUACUUCCAUUUCAGCCUCCGCCGCUUCCGUCAGAUGCAAUUACGAAAGUGCAGCUGGAUGUCGAGUCCACCUUUAGUGUGUGCUCAUGGGGGUGACUCAACCAAGGCUUUCCCCAAUACCAUGGAUGCUUAUAGAAUUGCUUUAAGCUCUCGAGCAGAUUGUAUUGAGAUCGAUGUAUCUCGUUCUUCAGAUGGAUUAUUGUUAGCUCUUCAUGAUAGGGAACUGCAGCGACUAUCUGGAAAUACUUCUUCUAAAGUUGGUUAUUUGAGCGGGAAAGAGAUUGUAGAUCUGGGUUCUAAACAUCACCAAUCCUUGGAGUUCAGUGAUUUAAACAUCCCAACCAUUGAAGACGCAUUAAGGUCAGUAUCAGGUUCAGUUAAGCAGGUGAUUCUCGAUGCUAAAGUUGGACCUCCACUAUAUGAGAAAGGACUAGCAAAAGAUAUCCUUUCUGUUGUAGAAAGAACCAACUGCAAGAACUGCCUUGUGUGGGCGAAAAGUGACAGCCUAGCAAGGGAACUGAUUAGAUUAUCCAAUGAUACAACGGUGGGGUACAUCGUAAUGAUGGAUCCAUCAAGUGGAACUAGGAUGCCGUUGUUGAGGAUGAGAGGCGCUGGGGUGGUUGGCGUCUACCACCCAUUAAUCGAUGAGAAACUUGUGAAAAUCCUCCAUGAGAGGAAGAAGAAGGUUUUCGCGUGGACAGUUGAUGAGGAGGAAUCGAUGCAGAAAAUGUUGCUGGAGCGUGUAGAUGCAGUGAUUACGGGCAAUCCUUCUCUGCUCCUGCAAGUCAUGCAAGAUCGCAGGAAGCAAUGCUUCGAGGAUGGCUUUUCUCUCACUUCUUAGAUGCUGCCCCAAUCUUCAUCAGAUCCUCAUGUAUCUUGAAAUGGAAUUUUGUUUUAGUCGAUUGACAUUACUCAACUCUCUCAGAUGAGCAAAUUUUAGUAAUAAUAGCAGUUCCUCAGA